GUGGCAAGAAGCAGAAGGAGCUCACCGAGGAGCAGAAGCAGGAGAUCAAGGAGGCCUUCGACCUCUUCGACACCGACGGCUCCGGAGAAAUCGACUCCAAGGAGCUCAAGGUGGCCAUGCGUGCCCUGGGGUUCGAACCGAAGAAAGAGGAAAUCCAGAAGAUGAUCUCCGACGUGGAU